CACUUCUCAUCAGCGCGGUACAAGAAGUACAAGUCGCAUGUCUUCGCUUGUCUGCAGCCACAGUACGAACAGGCUGAGUUCUCGUCCAGAUCAAAAUCCUUCUGCAAGAGCUUUUUAAUCCAACUUCAUCCGCCAUCUGUGCCUCGUUUCAGGUACGGGAGGCACAGAAGAAGAAGAAGAAGAAGAAGAAGAAGAAGAAGAAGAAAAAAAUGCUUCCAUGUGUGAUAGUAGUUUUUGUGCUCCUGUCGUGCGCGUGUGGAGAGAACCCUGCAGUGCAAGUCAUCCUGACAAACAAAGGGCUUCAGUACGGAAAACAUGAGGGCACCGGAUGGAUUCAAGAGAAGUUGGAGAAAAUAACCUUUCCUGACAUCAGUGGCAGUGUUAACAUCCACAUCGGAAGGGUAUACUACACACUAUCAGGUGUGACUAUAAAAAAGUGCGACCUUCCAGAGCCUAGCGUAGAGUUUGUCCAGCAGAGCGGCUUGACGACAUCAAUAGCAGGUCUCAGUUUUGCUCUUGCCGGGGAGUGGAGGAAUCACUUUGGUUUGAUACAUGACAGCGGAUCAUUCGACAUGGCUAUAUUUAACAUCGACGUGACCUCUGCCGUGAAGCUUGGGAGCAAUGCUGGGGGGCAUCUGUCUGUCACCAGCGUCAACUGUACAGCUUCGGUCGGAGAUGUUUCCAUGCAGUUCCACGGUGGAGCCAGUUGGAUUUUCCAGCCAUUUGUCAAGUAUUUCAAAGGACAUAUCAUUGGAAUAAUACAAAGUAAAAUCUGUCCUGAAGUGGAGGACACCAUCAUGAACUUAGACCACCAUCUACAGGCCAUGAACGUUUCCUUUGAUGUAAAUGAAGUUCUUAGCUUUGACGUCCCUCUCACUGGCGACCCUGACAUUGAACCUUCGAAUAUGAAGUUAGGGUUUAAGGGAGAGUUCCACAGCAUCGAAACUCACGCAGAGCCCCCAUUUGUGGCCCAGGAGUUCGUCUUGCCUGAGCUGGCAGGUUAUAUGCUGUCAGUGGGCUUAUCAGAGUUCACGCUGAACUCUGCCUCAUUUGGGUACUUCUCAGCAGGACAGCUCCAAGCCUUCAUCAAUGACAGCAUGAUACCCCCAUAUAUUCCUUUCCGCCUGAAUACCUCAGCAAUGGGAGGUUUCAUCCCUCAGCUUCCCAAGAUGUAUCCGGGUUUGCUGAUGAAUCUUCAAGUGAAUGCCAGAGAUGCUCCAAUGUUUUCCUUCCAACCCGGCUCUGGUGUCCUGGAUGUCCACAUCUGUGUAAAGGCCUCUGCCACUGAAUCCAAUGGUACACAGGUCCCACUGUUCACACUCUACAUUGACUCAAGGUUCACCGGUAAAAUGAUGAUUGCCGAUGGAAAGCUGAAGGGCUCCAUGAUGUUGAAUAAUGUUACCUUGACACUGGGCUCAAGUGAAAUUGGAGACUUUAAGACUGAUGCUUUGGAAAACGGAAUAAAGAGCGGGAUGGUUGUGGUCUUAGGCAAACUGAACGCAAAACUGGGAGAAGGGAUCAUGUUACCAAGAAUGAAACACGCACAACUGGUCAAUACGGUCCUGAAAAUGCAGAAGGGGUUUGUAGGCAUUUAUUCAGAUGUGCAGAUUCUGCAGACAGACAGAAGCUCCUACUUGUCAACAUCAUACCUGUGAAACAUUUUUUUUUUUUGUUCUUGGCUCACACUCCAAAUCUGAACUGCUUUAACUGAUCUGGUUUGAAUCUCUCUCCACGAGAGAAAUGCACCUUUGACUGGAAUAUAAACCUGAAUCUACCACACCUUGCUACCCAAUGCGUACAAACACGUGAACAGAAAAUUAACACAUGUAAAAAAAAAACAUAUGACCAUUCAUCUGGUCCUGAGCGAGACAACUGACCAGCAACUGGAAGCAUCCUGCUUGUAUUUGUUUCAUAAUAAAUAUUGACAAGCUUCCUA